CCUCAUCUGGUUUCGUUUCUAAAAGCAAUUCUGUUGAAGGUUUAAUUCAAGCUAUAUAAAUCCACGAGGAAGAAAAAAAACAAAAUCUGAUUUUAGUUACACUGUUUGCGUAGAGAAUCGAAAUGAGUUCGAUCCCUGGGUUGGUGGAAGAUGAAAUUAGUUCGUUUUUCGAAUCGUCUCCACCUCUGAAGAACAUGGAAGAGAUUGUCGAGAAGCUUAAUGGGUUCAUCGAUUCAUCUUCGCAAGGAGGAGGGAGGAGGAUCGUAUGUGUGACUUCAGGCGGAACAACGGUUCCAUUGGAGCAACGAUGCGUAAGAUAUAUCGAUAAUUUCAGCUCAGGAAAUAGAGGCGCUGCAUCUACUGAGAACUUCGUGAAAGCUGGAUAUGCUGUGAUAUUUCUCUAUAGGAGGGGAACUUGCCAGCCAUAUUGCCGGUCUCUUCCCGAUGAUCCAUUCCUUGAAUGUUUUGAGUUUCCAGAUAAGACAAAUAUUCAAGUUCAUGCAUCACAUUUAGAAGCUGUGAAAAUGGCUGUCAUGGACCAGCAAGCUGCAGUAGCAGAAGCUCGCUUACUGAAACUCCCAUUCUCAACCAUAUAUGAGUAUCUCCAGAUGUUGCGGUUGAUUGCAAUGGCAUUGAAAGAUGUCGGUCCAUGUUCAAUGUUUUAUCUUGCUGCUGCUGUAUCCGACUUUUAUGUCCCAUGGAAUAGCAUGACAGAGCACAAAAUAGAAUCAGGAUCUGGUCCUUUGGACAUAAGACUAGCUCAAGUCCCUAAAAUGCUUUCAAUCCUGAGAACGAAUUGGGCUCCAAAGGCUUUCUGCAUCUCAUUCAAGCUUGAGACAGACUCAAAGAUUCUGAUAGAGAAGGCUACAAAGGCUCUACGAAAAUACAAAGUGCACGCGGUUGUAGCCAAUGAGCUCUCAACACGUAAGGAGGAAGUUGUGGUUGUUUCAAGCAACGGUAAUGUUGUGGUGCGAUGCGAUCCCGAUAAGCCUGAAUCUAUUGUCGAAGAUAAUCUCAUUCGUCUCAUCGUAGAUCGACAUUCCACAUACAUCAAAGAAUCUCACACUUAGAUUCUCCAAAUUGCU